AUGGGGCUAAUGGAGUCACAAAUAUAUAAUGUAGAUGAAACCGGAUUAUUUUACCGUUGUAUACCUGACGAAACAUACGUCUCUCUUUUCGAGAAAACCGCCCCCGGGUAUAAAAUCCAGAAGGAACGAAUUUCAGUGUUACUUGGUGUAAAUGCUGAUGGAUCACAUAAAUUAAUGUCAUUAGUAAUUGGAAAAGCAAAAAAACUAAGAAGUUUCCAAGGACUCAAUAAUCCACUCCAUUACAACUUUUCAAAAAAUGCUUGGAUGACAUCCCGGAUUUUUCAUGAUUGGUUUCACAAGAUAUUUAUUCAUGACGUGAUUCGUUUCUCUCAGGAAAAUAAUUUGCCUCCGAAGGCAAUUUUGCUAAUUGACAACUGCUCUGCUCAUGCACCAAUUGAGAAACUUCAAAGCGACGAUGGAAAUAUAAUUGCAUUUUUCUUUCCACCAAAUGUAACAGCAACUUUACAACCAAUGGAUCAGAAUCCUAUUAAGUUAACCAAGCUAAACUACAGAAGUAUGCUUCUUUCUCAAUUAAUUGCUGAAGGAGGUGACCUCAAGGUUCGCUUGAAAUCCUUUUCAAUUCGAAAUGCAAUCAUGCUAUUAAAGCAAGCUUGGUAUGAUGUUCCAGAAAGAGUAAUAAAAAAGUCCUGGUCAAAGUUGAACAACUGGGACUCUGAUCAGUAUGAAAGUGAUGACGAUGAUGUGCCACUAGCACAGCUACUGCAAAAAGAUCAAGACUGCAAUGGAGCUCUUCAGGCAGCUCAAGCACUUUUAACAGAAAUAGAGCCAACUAAUAACAUUAGCAUACCAGAAAUUGAAAUAUGGAACAAUGAUGUGCUUGAUGACGACCCUGCACAUGAUCUCAAUAGCGAUGAUGAGUCUUCAGGUAGCAGCGAAUUUGAUGACCGGGAGGUCUUACCAGUUGUCUCUACUUCUACAGCCAUUGAAAGCGUCAAUAAUUUAAUAAAAUGGUGUACUUAUAGUGAAUCGUUUUCCGCAAAGCACACAAGCAAUCUGCUAGCUCUUCGCAAUGAGAUUGUUAUUGCAGAAACAAAUAAAAGGAAGAAGCAGACAGCAAUAACAGACUACAUGCCUGCAAAUUAG